AUCCCGGAUGAACAUCACGCAACCUGUCAGGGGACGCGCCACCGACCAGGCUUCAGCCACAACUUCCCAUGAUGCCACCUGGCAAGCCACGCCCUCAUCCGGCCCCGCCCCCAGAACAAAGAUAGCCACACCCACUGCUGAGCAGUCCACACAGACUGUUGGACUCUAUUACCCAUCAGCCACAGAGCUUCAGAGGAAGGAAACACAGGCAAUGCUUCAACUCAGCAAACAGCAGACGACCAGAGACCGCCAACCACUACUGACCGCCAUCAGUCCUGGUAGAGGUUUCUGGAGGAAGCAGCUGGAUCACCUGUGUGCUCACCUGAGGAGCUACGCUCAGAACAACGCCCCCUUCAGGACUCUGCUGGGUGAACCUCGUCUGGGCCAGAUGGUCUCUGCUGUGAUUCAAGAAGAUCGUUACGAAGUCAGCGUGACUGUCAGCUUCGUGUCAGCCGGACGAGAAGAACGUCAGGUGGAUCCGGCAGGUCCUGCAGGUCGGACUGAGACUCUGAGCAUGGUGACGGAGCGAUCAGCCGACAGCAGCAGUCUGAGAAGUGACCCUCCCAAACCGAACCGGACCCCCAAACCUCCGGUGAGGGACGUUCAGCUGCUGAAGGAGCUGGGUCCGGGUCCGGGUCGAGGUCAGAUCAGCGUCGUCCAGCAGCUCCUGGAUCAGGGGGCGGACCCCUCCUGCUGCGACGGCGACGGUCGUCAUGCCUUGGCGGUUGCCGUGGUGAACGGUCACCAUGAAGCACUUCCUGUUUUAGUGCAGCGAGGAGCCGACGUGGACCAGCAGUCCGGACGGAUGAAGAACACUGCUCUACAUGAAGCUGCAGCUCUGGGCUCUGAAGGUCUGAAGGGGGCUCAGGUCCUGCUCAGCUUUGGGGCCGGCGUGCGGCGGAGGAACGCCGGCGGUCAGACGGCGUACGACGUGGCGGUGACGUCCGGAUGUGACCUCACGGUGUCUCUGCUGGCGGCGCGGACCGGACUGGACCUGCUGGGAAGACUGGGAAAACCCAGAGGGAACCCGGAUGUUUCCAGUUAGAGCCAUCUGCCUCCACUGGUGUUCAUCUCAUCCACAUGUUGGAACAUCUGGACCAACAAUAGCUCGAUAUGAGAUAUUGACAUGUUAUUUUUGUUU